UUUACCUAAGGAUCAAGAUUGCCACGAACUUUGGUGUAAAAAUCGUAAAAAAUUAAUUCGUGAGGCUCAGAAACGAGGCGAUGACAGUUAUGUUAAAAGUGUGUCUCGUUCUGCGAGUGUUGGCAGCACCCAGAGUAAAUCUUAUUCUUCUCAAAGUAGCAGAGACGCUUCUUAUAGUAGGAAUGUGAGCAUUGAUAUGCAGGAUGCCAACAAUGCUGCUGUUAAAAAUCAGUUGGCACAACUUAUGCCAUUGCUGGAAAAUCAUUCUUCUUUAAGUGUUGCUCAGCUUGCCAAAAAACUUGAUGUGAACAUUGAUCCAACAACUUCACAAUUAUUGGACAAUUUAAAAAAUCAACUUAUGACUAACAAGACUCAAACACUGCCGUCUGGUGGGGAUGGUUUUGGAGGUUACAGUUCAAAUGGUAAUUAUAAUACUAGUGGAGCUUCUGCAAGUCAUGGACAGCCUUACACUGAUCAAAAUCAAGAUAAGAAUGCAGGAGUGAAAGCAGCUCUAGCUCAGCUACUGACGAAACAAGGAAUGGAUGUGACAAUGAGUGGUAACCAGUACCAAGCUAAUACAGAUACAGCAUCAGGUGGAAAAUCAGCACCAGCAGUAACAGCCAGACAGUACAGUCAAGAUUCAAGAUCAAGCCUUGACCGACCUUAUAGUGAUAACUCAAUCCAAGGCUCUGUUCAACGAAGUAUGUCAUCAGAAGAUUCCAAUGAUGGAUUGAAAUAUGGACGGCCACCCCAACCUCUAGUGUCAAAAUCAAGUGGAGCAAAGAAGGCUGGUGGUAGAGGUCAUGGUGAACAGUAUCAAGGGAGAGAUCGCAGAUCUGGUGGAUAUGAAGGUGAACAUUCCAGAGGAGGAAAGGGAGGAGCUGAUCACUCUGGAGGUUCGGGUAAAAAGUGGCGGUAA